AGCUCCAGAGGGAGAUCUACCAGACGGGGAAUGCAAACCACUCAAUAUUGUCGACUCAAUGUCGCAACGUGGAGGCGAGGAGCUCCCUUCAACGCCAUCAGAGGCCUUUCUCACUGCUCGGGAAAGCCCCUCCCAAAACGCACAACAAACACCAGAAUGCUAUUUUCCCAUCGUUGGAGAAACCACCGUUAAUGUAGACCAGGAACAAGGUGGCCCUCCCUUUGCAGCUGGCGGGCAGUUUGAAGAAGGAAACCAACCCGGUUCUUAUCGUCCUUCAACAUCCUCUGGUGCUCUCCUAGAUUCUUCACAGCAGCCGACGUCAACUGAACCUCGGGCAGCGAGUUCUUGCAACCCGACGCUUCCCCGCGGACAGCUACCUAACUGGCGGGAAAUAAAGAGAAGACUCCAGCAGGUUUUCAAGAUCAAUCAUGCAGCAGCACAGGUCGCUUGCACCAUAGUUUUGGUAUCCCUAUUCACUUUGAUCAGGCCCAUCGAAGAAGCAUAUCCGUCCAAUACUGUAUAUAUUACAAUCGCUGCAGUCGUCGUUACCCAGCCCAAUCAAACGGCUUCGGUGCGACUUUUUGCUCAAAGACUGAUUGGAGUCAUUGUGGCUGCCAUCUUGUCUCUUUGCGUACUCGGGUUAGAUGCUAUCAUACCCCCCAAGUCCUGUCUGGACUGUUCGUGGAAACCAUAUGCGAUCGGCGUCAUUUUAUUCAUAUUCAUAUACACUACGGCCUCAGUACGUGAAUCACUCCCAGGACAAGCUUACACCACGAAACUGACCGAUCUAACAUUUGUAAUUACUUUGCUAGGUGCAUAUGAUGAUCUUCUUCAUAAUCCCGAUACUCCGCGAUACGCUCCCCCGCUCGCCCGAAUGGCGAGCAUGAUUAUCGGUACAUUGCUCUCCCUGGCUGGUGCCUUCAUAUUCUGGCCUGUACGGAUUACUCUGGUGCAUCGAGUCGUGACGGGUAAUUUGUUCAAAGAUAUUGCCGGAUAUUUUCAUGAUCUGGUGCAUGAAGGAUAUUUACGAGAGCCCUCCCAGUCAGUGACCCCAGCAAGUCCUCAUAGACUAGAAACCCAGUGGAGUUCUACAUCAAGGACAAUUGCGGUGGAAGGAGGCAUGGACAUUCUCGGAUCAGAAGAGGCUGUAACAGCGCAGCCUUUGGAAGGCCUCCCUAAGCGAGGAAUAAGAGCAAAGCUUGGAUGGUUGCUCGGUAAAGCACCUCCUUCCGAAACUGAGCACCGUCCUGCUGCCCCUCGACCAGAGCAAAGUGACAUCACGAGCGCUGACUCGACCACCGCCGAUCAGUCAAUUCUAACAUUGGAUGACUGGGAACGAGUCAUCGAUGAUGCAGUUAAGAGAGAGGAGGAGGAUAUUGUAAAGGAGUUCCAUGAGAAAACGCACCCAGCUGCGGUACAUAUCAUACGUACCCUAGAGAAAGAAAGAGCCCGAUUGGAAGCUAGCUAUCAGGUUGAAGUUCGAUGGACGCAAAGCCCUCAUUUCGUUCAUAUAGCACCACUGGAUCAAGUCAUCAGACGCUUGCGACUCCUGUUUUAUCAGCUGGCCGGACUUUAUAGCGAUCGACUGAUCACCCUGCGAGCCCUUUCACCCCGUCUGCUGGAGUCAGCGCACCUUGUAGGAAAUACUAUAAUGUCCGAAUGGCUAACUGCCUGGACAUUAGAUGCUGCCGCGCUGAUGCACGCUAUGGCUGCGCAGCCGUUAGGUGAUACGGAAUCAUUUCAUGUGAGCACAUACACAACUUCCCUGUGCAACGCGUUAACGGACCUUGGUGAUGUUGUACUCUGGACUACAAGUCAGGGUACCCGAGUUAUUGGGAGUGCUGAGCUGUCAGCUCGGUUAGAAGUCAUUGUUCAAGAAGUGAUCAAACGCAGGGAUGUGUUAGAAACACAUCUGUUGAAGCUCAGAACUAAAUUGAUGAACCCUAGUCAAGGGGAUGAUGCCCCAGAUCCAAGUCACAAGGGCAAGGAACCGUGCGGCUGUGGCAAAAUCGUAGCCAGCAAGGGAGUUUCGGAAGGACAGGCCCCAAAUGAAUCGCCCCCUGUGUUGGCGUUUCAGUACACAACAUAUGUACACCUAUGGGAGAUUACCGAAGUAGUUUUAUCCGCUGCCCGUGCGGUUGGACGGAUGAUCAAUGCUUAUGCUUAGAGUCGCGUCACUGAUUCUACAAUUCAUGCCCGUUUCUGGUCGCUGGAGCUGUAAAUAUAGCGAAUACCAUUUCGUGCCAUUUUGU